GGCCCAAAGCUCGCCGAGAUGGCCCUGUGCGAGGCAAUUCUCUGUGCCCUCUUAGCGGUCGUUGUGGGGGGGCUUUACCUGGCGGGUGCAUUUCGUAAGCGGAGAGCCAACGAGCCCCCCUUGGCCAAAGGGUCCAUCCCCUGGCUAGGCUGCGCCCUGGACUUCAGGCGUGACGGCGUGGACUUCCUGCGAAGGAUGCAGAAGCAGCACGGGGACAUUUUCACGGUGCUGCUGGGGGGCGACUAUUUCACUUUCCUGAUGGACCCCCUCUCUUUUGGGACGGUGGUGAAAGAAGCCAGGGCCAAGCUGGAUUUCAACGAAUACGCUCACGAACUGGUCAAUAAAGUGUUCGGAUACGAGCCUUCUCAAACGACCCAUAAGAUAGUGGAGAGCGCCAGCACGAAGCACCUGAAGGGGAGUGGGCUCGUGGUGAUGACUCAGGCGAUGAUGGACGGCUUGAGGACAGUGAUGUUUCACAGCCUCGGUUCGGCAGAAGGGGGGAAGCGCUGGCGGCAAGACGGGCUGUUCCACUACUGCUACAACGCUGUCUUCCGGGCCGGAUACCUGGCUUUGUACGGAAACAAGUCGCAUGAAAGCGCAACGGACUCCCAGGAGGCCAAGAAAGAUGACUUCCAGCACUCUGAAGAGGUAUACAACGAAUUUCGGAAAUAUGACCAGCUUUUCCCCCGCUUGGCCACUUCCACGCUGUCCUUUGGGAAGAGGAAGGAAGCCGAACACUUGAAGAGACUCUUCUGGGACCUCCUCUCCGUGAAGAAUGUCUACCAGAAGGACAAUAUCAGUAGGUGGGUAAGUGAUCAAGAACAGCAGCUGGCUGAGGAGGGAAUGCCUGAGUACAUGCGGGACAGGUUUAUGUUUCUGCUCCUCUGGGCAGCCCAAGGGAACACCGGUCCAGCAUCCUUCUGGCUCCUUCUACAUCUUAUGAAAAACCCAGAGGCGAUGGAAGAUGUGGGGAAGGAGGUGGACAGAGUGGUGAAAGAAUCCGGACAGGAGGUAAAGCCAGGCAGGGAGGUUAUUAACAUCACCAAGGAGAUGUUGACCGACACUCCUGUGUUGGACAGCGCCGUGGAGGAGACCCUGCGGUUGGCAGCGGCUCCUCUGCUGAUCAGGGCAGUGGUAGACGACAUGAAGCUCAAGAUGAAUGACGGGAGGGAAUACGCCCUGCGGAAAGGGGACCGGAUCGGCAUCUUCCCUUACCUGGCGGCCCACAUGGAUCCGGAAAUCCACCCCCAGCCUCACGUCUUCAAAUACGACCGCUUCCUGAACCAAAAUGGCACCAAAAAGGAAUUCUAUAAGAACGGCGAGAAGGUGAAGUAUUUCACCAUGCCCUGGGGGGCCGGGACUUCCAUGUGCCCCGGACGGUUCUUCGCCGUCAACGAGAUGAAACUUUUUGCCUUCUUGAUGCUCACCUACUUCGAGGUGGAGCUGGUCAACAAAGACGAGGAAGUCCCUCCGCUGGACAAGACCCGCUAUGGCUUUGGGGUGAUGCAGCCUGCAUAUGAUGUCCAGUUUCGGUAUCGGCUACGAUGUUGACCGGCAGGCCAAAGUGUUGGCCUGGCUGCUCAACUGACUGUUUGGGGCGGCAAACAAGGAGGGCACCAAUACACGGCAGGGGUUCGAUUCACUCCCAGCCUUCAGUGGCGUGAAUAGCAACACUUUCUGGGCUUGCAAUCUGGGCCUAGGAGGUGACCCUCUCGGGGGGACAGAACCCCUUGAACUGGUUCUGUUGCCUCAAGAAGGUCGCUGCUGAAGGAAACUAGGGUUGGUGCCAGAGGUGGGAUCCAGCAGGUUCUCACCAGUUCCCGAGAGUGGGUUACUAAUUAUUUGUGUGUGCCAAGAGGGGGUUAC